AUGUUGCAACUGUUGUUCGAACUCUGGAUGGGAAUCCAAGACACCCCACCUGAGGUUGCAGAUCACACGAUUCCGGCGACAUGGGGAUUCCUAUUCCUCGGCCUCGUCGGAAUCUUUCUGUUAGGGUUGGUGAUCUACGAAUGCAUCAAGCGUCGUGGCAGGACGUCUGCCCAAGUCACCCCCGGGGAGUUGGAGUUGGGUAAUGCAGCUCCCUGA